AUGGAAAAGACUGAGGAAACUUCACCGAGGACCUUUCUAGAGCUUAUGCGAGUGCCAGUGCAGUUUUACAGGAGCAUUGGCGAGGAUAUCUACGCCCAUCGCUCCACGAAUCCAUUGAAAUCUCUGCUGCUCAAGGUCUACCUAUAUGCGGGAUUUAUAAACUUCAAUCUGCUGGUGAUCGGCGAACUGGUGUUCUUUUACAACUCCAUUCAGGACUUUGAGACCAUUCGCUUGGCCAUUGCCGUGGCUCCCUGCAUUGGAUUUUCCCUGGUGGCUGAUUUCAAGCAGUUCGCUAUGGUAAGGGGCAAGAAAACGCUGAUUAUGCUGCUCGAUGACCUGGAGGAAAUGCACCCGAAGAGCCUGAAGAAACAGAGGGAAUAUAGAUUGCCGGACUUUGAGAAGACCAUGAAGCGUGUGAUCAAUGUUUUUACCUUUCUCUGCUUGGCCUAUACGACCACGUUUUCCUUCUAUCCGGCCAUCAAGGCCUCGGUGAAGUUUAAUUUUCUCGGCUACGACACCUUCGAUCGGAACUUUGGUUUCCUCAUCUGGUUCCCCUUCGAUGCGACGAGCAGUAACCUCAUUUACUGGAUCACAUACUGGGAUAUAGCCCAUGGAGCUUAUCUAGCGGGCAUUGCCUUUCUCUGCGCUGACCUUUUACUAGUCGUUGUAAUCACCCAGAUUUGCAUGCACUUUAACUACAUAUCCAUGCGACUGGAGGAGCAUCCCUGUAAACCAGAAGAGGAUAUGGAUAAUAGAGAGUUUCUCAUUGGUAUUAUCAGAUAUCACGAUAAGUGUCUUAAACUCUGUGAACAUGUCAACGAUCUUUAUAGCUUCUCUCUGCUGCUUAAUUUCCUGAUGGCCUCUAUGCAAAUUUGCUUCAUAGCCUUUCAGGUCACCGAAUCCACUGUGGAAGUAAUCAUUAUUUACUGCAUAUUUCUGAUGACCUCAAUGGUGCAGGUUUUUAUGGUGUGCUACUAUGGAGACUCUUUAAUUGCCGCGAGCUUGAGAGUGGGCGAUGCUGCCUACAAUCAAAAGUGGUUCCAGUGCAGCAAAACCUAUUGCAGCAUGCUAAAGCUUCUGAUUAUGCGAAGUCAGAAGCCAGCAUCAAUAAGACCGCCCACUUUUCCACCCAUUUCUUUGGUUACCUAUAUGAAGGUCAUCAGCAUGUCGUAUCAAUUCUUUGCCUUGCUGAGAACUACAUACAGCGAUAAUUGAAUGAUCAAAGCGCCCCUCUCCGCGCUUCUCAAAUCGUCCACUUGGUGUGAAUCGAUUCGUUAAUAGGGAUUUUCAAAAUCUCU